GUCAGAUACGUGGAACUCCCUUUUAAUCCCCCAAGACUACGCCUACCCCUUCGGACAAUCACAUCGGACAUGUCGUCAGUCAGGACGGCAGCCCACCCUCAAGGGGAGCGGUACUCGCUUAACCAAUACCGGAGAGACGCCAUAAUUCUACUUAAGAUGAAUUAGAGACAAAACCAAGGAGAGGUACUCCCAGGUCUUAAACAACGCGUCAAGUUCACGGACGCAGAAUUGGCGACGGCCUAGGCAAUCCGAAGAAUGAUGCGCAGACAACACCAAGAGGAGACUCAUCAACGCGCACUCGAAUACCUAGCAAAACGACCGAUUACAAUGCAGCACCUGAACGACUGGCGUCGACGAUUUGAGAACGGACCAGAAGACGAAGAUGAGGACGAGGCCGAUCACCCACCCUCUCCACCACCGCCACCUGAACCCCGACAGACGGCGCCUAACCUUCGACCUGUGAUACCAAAUAACUAGAGAAGGCUAGUACAAACGCCCGCGUUACGCUAUCGCACGGAGGAAACCGAAGAAGUGCGACGCGAAUUU